GUUGUUGUUGACAAGUGACUGAGCGUUUUGUUGUUGUUGACAGGUGACUGAGCGUGUUGUUGUUGACACGUGACUGAGCGUUUUGUUGUUGUUGACAGGUGACUGAGCGUGUUGUUGUUGACAGGUGACUGAGCGUUUUGUUGUUGUUGACAGGUGACUGAGCGUGUUGUUGUUGACAGGUGACUGAGCGUUUUGUUGUUGGUGACAGGUGACUGAGCGUGUUGUUGUUGACAAGUGACUGAGCGUUUUGUUGUUGUUGACAGGUGACUGAGCGUGUUGUUGUUGACACGUGACUGAGCGUUUUGUUGUUGUUGACAGGUGACUGAGCGUUUUGUUGUUGUUGACAGGUGACUGAGCGUUUUGUUGUUGUUGACAGGUGACCGUAGAAGACUCUCAGCUGUCUCACCUCACUCGAGAUCGCGUGAAGAUUCCUCAGAACCGCCGGCUGCCCACCAGAGGUCACCUUCUGGCCGUGGCCUCCUCCUCCUCCGACGGGAUGCUGACCCUGGAUCUGAUUCAGGAGGACGACGCCCACCCCCACCUCGGACCGGACUGCCCCAGGUCCAAGACUGACGGCGCCCUCUCCGCCGAGGCCUCUGGGAAAUCCCAGAGCCUCCCUCGGGAGGUGGCGUGGGAGAAGACGGGCCAAACCCCCCAGACGGGAAAGCUCCUGACGCCGGCGGAGAAGAACCGCUGCGCCUCCAUGGACGAGAUCCUGGCCCAUUCUGAGGCCAAGGGCGCCGCCCGCGAGGGCAACGCGGCAAUGAGCAGAACCUCCGUCACCCGGCUGCAGGAGUUAAUCAGCCAAAAGCUGGAAGAGACGGAGCGGCUGCUGACGGAGGUGCAGGCGGAGGCCAAGGAGCGGGGGAGGGGCUCGGGGGAGGAGUCGACGGAGGCCGAGCGGCUCCUGAGGGAGGCGGAGGUGACGUGGAGUCGUGCUCGGGACGUGUUGGAGGAAGUGAAGGAGCUGAGGGAGUUGUACCGACAACUGGACUCCUCCUCCACUCCCCCCAUUCUGCCCCAAACUGAACCGGGGCUGGAGGAGCGUCAUGUGGGCCGCAGCGGUCCGGUCCGGUCCGGUCCGGUCCAGUCUGGUAAAGCCCGGUAGAUUCUUCUGCGCGUUGGACCUCAGACGAAGCUGCUGGAUCCACGUUUAGAUCGUCAGGAAACAUUCAGGUUCUGACUUUCCAGGACGGUUUGCAGCACAAAGUGCACUCGAUUGGUUUGGAGAAACGUCUUUAGGGGCUUUGAAAAGUCCUUCAAGAUGUUCGUUGGUCAAACGUCUUUAAAAUGUGCCAAGACGACGAGUCCAGAGUCAAAGAGACAAAAGCUUCCGUUUGGACCUUUUUAUUUGAGCCAACAUUGAUUUGGUUUAAAGAAGACUGAGACCAGUGUUUCCCUCCUCGCUUUACCCCUGGUGGGGGGGGUGGGGGGGGGUAUUGGGGCAGAAGGGCAUGUGUGGAACAACAACGAAUUCAUUCAUUCAUUUCAUUAAAGAAAUGUUUGACUUUUUGCACACUUUGAAGGUCUUUUAAAGUCGUUCACUGACCCUGGAGACCUUAAAGACGCUCUCAGCUGAACUCUUCUUGCUUCUGGACUCAGUUCAGGAGGUUCAGGUCCACCAGGAUCCUCCUGAACCAGUAACGACACACUCAUUGGAUUCUAUGCAGCACUGAAGAACUCUUCCUUCCUUCUGGGUGUAAAACCUAAUUUACGUUUCUUUUUGGGUCAUUUCUCAUUAUUUUUACUUUUAUGCUCAAUCAAACCAUUUACAGCGUUUUUAAGUCUCGCUGGAUGAAAGGCUGGUUUCCUGCUCAGAGGCACGUCGGCAGGUCAGGUGACCUUUUUCUUUUUGCUUAAAUCCUUUAUGUCAAUUUUUACAUGAAGAUUAUUUUUGUAUAAAACAAUAAGACUUUUGUACUUUUACAGCUCCCUGUGAAAAACCCCAAAGGAAAUCAUUUUAAAACCUCGUCUUUCAUUCUUGAACUAAACAAUAAAUGAAAAAUACAAAAAAAUGACUUUAUAACUUUCAGGCCAGAAGAUUCUAGUUAAAAGAAGUAAGUUCUUUAUACUUAAAACCUGUUUAGACGUGUUUGUUUAGUUCAGCAAUGAAACAUUGUUUUCCUUUUAUUAUCGUUAGAAAAUGAAUUUUAAUUGUUGUUUCUCAGAAGGAAAAUAAUUCUGUUGUGUGAUUACUGUUCAGUUUGGUACGACUUAUAAAUCAAAUCCUUUUACGUUCUUUAUUUUGAUACUAAAGAGCACAAAAGUCAAAUGAUCACAUUGUUGCACUUUAUUACAACCUUUCUAAACAUUAGUGUGAACUGAUGAACAACAGAGAAAUGACAUUUUUAUUUCCCAUAAAGUGCUUCUGUUCCUCGAUGAAUGUCUUUACUGAUCGUCUCCCCUCGCUGUGCAUCCUGGGUGGCAGCCAAAGGGGAUUAUGGGGGAUGUAGUCCAGCGGGGAUUCAUACAAAAAUUAAUAAAAACCUUUAUCUGAACCUG